GGAUUUCAGGAAGAUGUUUUCCUCAGGAGAAAUGUUUAUCUCAAGAAUUUGAUUAUUUAUGGUGUUUAUUGAACUCAAAACGGAAUAAUGUUGAAGAGAGAGAAUCUUCGGAAGAAUUUCUUGCGUGUAAAGCAAAUAGCAGAUCAAAAUUUGGGCAGGGCUGAGAAGACUGAGUUGUUGACAGAGAACCUCUCAAGUAUUGACAAGAGAGUCGAACUGAUCAAGCAUGUCUCUGCAAACACAGUGAAGAAGCUGUCAGGAUGUAUGCAAGGGCAAGGAACAGAUGUUGAAAAGAGAUUGAAAAAGAUCCCAGAGACUGGUCUCUCCCAUACAAUGAUCGAAUCGGCCACCUUACUAGGAGAUAACCUUAUUGGUCCAUCAUCAAGUAUUAGACCUGCCUACAGCAUUUCAAGUACGAUGUACCAAAUGUGUGGUGAGCUCGAGGGAAACCUUGGCAAGGAGGUGCUGCAACACGAACUCGAGAUGGAGGAACAUGCGCUUAAUCCAUUACAAAAUAUAUUAGAUAGUGACAUCCCUAACGUUCUCAAAUGUAAGAAGCAGUUGAACAAGCUGGUUUUGGAUAUGGACUCGGCUAAAUCUAGGUACCAAGCACAAGUUCGACAGAUGCCGAACGCCGGUAGAGAAAGUGCCAAAUUAGACAAUGUUAAGGAUGAAUUUGAAGAAGCCUCUAUGAGGGUUGAACAAUGCAGGGAUCAAUUAGCCACUGAAAUGUAUCAAUUCUUAGCCAGAGAAGCUGACUAUGCAAAAAUUUUAAUAGAGUUUGUUGAAUCACAAGCUAGGUAUCAUCAGAAAUGCCUAAAGACUAUAGAGAAAAUAAUUCCAGAAAUGAAAGUCCAAUUAGAGCAAUAUCCUCACAAGCCAUUAUACAAUUAUCCUCUCGAAGAUCACUUGCACAUAACGGAGAGGGAAAUAGCCGCGGUGAUAGAAGACUGUAUCUGUGUGCUAAUGGAGUAUGGACUCGAUGAAGAGGGUUUAUUCAGGGUUGCUGGUAGUUCUUCAAAAGUAAAAAAACUCAAGGCAGCAUUUGACGCUGGUAUAGUCGAAAUGGACGAUUUUCUGCGUGAUCCUCAUGUCGUAGCUGGUGCUUUAAAACUUUACCUUCGGGAGCUUCCUGAGCCAUUGAUGACAUAUAAACUGUAUCCAGAGUGGAUGCAAGCUGCUCAAAAACCUGGUGACGAGAGAUUACAAGCGUUAUGGACUGUGAUGGAUAAAUUACCAAAACCAAAUUAUAACAAUCUCAGAUACCUGAUCAAAUUCUUAGCCAAGUUAGCGGAAAGUGCCGACAUCAACAAGAUGUCGACAAGCAACAUAGCCAUUGUGAUGGGACCCAAUCUAAUAUGGUCACCAGGAGACGGAGGGCCGAAUGUGUUAACCACUGGGACCCAAAGUGCAAUUGUUGACAGCUUGAUAAAGAAUGCGGAUUGGUUCUUUCCGGGAGAUGUGGAGUUCAACGUCACUCCUGUACCUAGUCCGAAUCUCAAUGUACGUCUGAGCACAUCACCGUCUUGCCAAAAACACAUCUUCACAACUAUGCUCUUGGCGACUCCAGUCUCUGCUCCACACUCCCAUGAAACCACGCCCGAACCUUGUUCACCACCCCCUCAGGCGGGUCAUUCAUUUUUGGCGGAUAUUACAGAACAGGCACCAAAAAAGAACCACAAAGUGAAAGAAAAUGGUGCGGAUCGCCUCCCACCGCCCCCACCGUCUAUAGUCCGACAUAGCUCGUUGCGUGGACCGAGGAAACGCUCUGUUGGCAGCUUGGAAAGUGCGUCUAUCAGCCUUGGGUCAAAUAAUGGUCAUGCCAGGACUGGAGCACGGACGCGAUGCGAUUUAAAAGCUGAGAGAUUAAAAUUUAUGAACUCUACUCCGACUCUUUCGAAAUCGUUGAGUUGUGAGAACAUCAAGUCGCCGACUUUAGAACUGAAUGACUGUGAUAGACGGACACAAAGUCGGGGUGUCAUCCCGGAGGACUUGAGCAGAAGUAUGCAUAACCCGCCAUACCGGUUAUCUGAGAAGGUGCCAGUACCUGUUCCAGUGUCCGCACAUUCAGACAUCUACGAUACUGUUUUUGCCUUGCAAUCUCUGCACUCGGAUGGAUGGACGGACUACAUAAGCCGGGUCAGAAAUAUGUGGGAUGCCCACACAAACAAACGGGUGUCGUUCGGUGACACACCACCCCCUGGUGGCCAUAGAGAUAUCGAUUUCAACCAAUCGGGGUCAUUCACGUCGAAUAGCGAGUCGCCAUGCUCCGGAGCGUCUCCUUAUACACCUCACAGAGACUCAUUCGUAUCGGCGAGUCCUGCAUCACUGCCCCGCAGUCCGUCUGACAACGUUACUCUCCGUAAUCCUGACGGCGUAUCUGUUAAUGUAACUGAUGGAGGAAAUGUAUCUUAUGACGGGGCUCGAACAAGUCCAAAGAUUUCUCGCCGGGUGAGCAAGAAACCUGCACCUAAGCCGCCCCCAGUGCCCGAGAGAGCGCAGACUCUACCAAGAACGACAGAGCUGUUGACGCCAUCACCACUCCUGACGGUGGACAAGGCGAAAUCGAUGCCUUAUGGCAUAGAAAAUAGUGCAGAUAACGGCCAGCCUUUUGUAUCAUCAUCAUUGACGUCGAUUCCCCAGAGUCCCGACAAACCGACGCCGCCAGACAAACCUUCAGCGGCCACAUUGGACCGGAAGGUGAGCCAUCGACCGCCCCGACCCGCACCACCACCGCCUGCACCGCCGAGAGAACAUGCUGCAUCUAUGUCGGAGAAUACGUCAUUGUGAGAAAUCAUGACAGAUAGACAGUCAAUUUCAAGUUGAUACAGCCUUUUGGGUAGAAAACUUUGACUUGUGAACUCUUGCAAGCAUCAAACUUCAGAGUGAAAACCAGUUCUCUUUUCCAAAUUUCCUUGACCAGGAUCUGUCAACUAAGCCUUGGCACAUUUUAGACUUCAUUUCAGUUAUGGCACUAGACAUGUAUAUGCAAAAUGACUGCAGUUGUCUGGGAAAAGUUAAAUUAAAUUGGGAUUUUUCUGUAUAAUUUAUUAUUUUAAUGAUUGUGCGCAAGGUGCGUUUCAGUAAUUAGACAUUUGAUCCCACCAAGCCGACCAACGAAUAAAAGGAGGCAAUAUACUCUGUUUGCAAUCUGGAAUUUUACUUUCCGAUUUAUUGGUUUUGGUACACUUCUCUCUUCUCAUAUGGAACAAUUCAUGACAUGUAUAUAAAGAAGGGGGAGUCUCAGGGGGAGUCUGAGAUGGAAACAGUGGAGAACAGUUGAAUGCAGCCUAUAUGAUUGUCCUGCUUGGGGUUCAUGUAUGAUGGGUAUCAAUCUUGAAGUAAAUGUGCUUGAAUAACCGCUUUUAACAAAGUAUUAUCUCGAUGUUUAUUCCAGAAAUACAUGAUAUUGUUAACACAUUUAACGGGCCAAUAUUAGCAAAAUGUGGCUAUUGGGCCUGGGCUAGAACCAACCAGUGCUGAAGUGCGCUUCUCUCUUGCCUUUCUGCAGUUUGAGGCUGAAAAUGACGAGUUUCAUGGUAAAACAAGAUAUGUGCCAUAUCUAACAUGGUGGAGUUAACCAUACUAUGGCAUUGCCCAUUUAACGACACAUCUGACCUCCAAAUUUCAGAGCAUUCAGGCGAACCGAAAAGCUGAUGAUAAAAACUUCCAAGCCAUUUUCAGUUAAAUUCUGAACCUUAGAACCAAAAUAUCAAUAAUGGAUCUAUUUUGUGUUGCGAUGAAACCUUUCAGAUGUAGAGUAUUGUAAUUCUAGUCAGCUAAUCAAAUACAGUAGAAAAGCUCUUUCGAUACAGACUUGUGUUAACCCUUUCGGUACCAUUGACCUGCAGAGCAGAUCGUAAAAUGACACCCCUGCAGCACCACUGACCCAAGGAGCGGUGUAUGCAGUUUUACUUUUGACUCGAUAUACACUAUAAAGUCGCAGUGCUGCCAUUUUCGAACAAUAUUUGUAUCACAAAAGGUCAGACCACUGCCUGUUGUUCGCUACAUGCUUUUACACUAUGGUUUGUGUUGAGUGUGGGUUUAAACUAAAUGGCCGGUGGCAAAAGGGUUAACUAUCUGGGUCUCAAGUAUUGUUUAUCAGUAGGUCUAGAUCAUUGUUAAUACUUAUUGUUAUAAGUAUUCCUUGGAGCUUAGUUUGCUGUUUAAUGAUGCAUAGUAACAUUUGGCCCUUUAGUUAAGUUGAACAAAGGAAAUUUAUAUUUGUCAUCUUGUUGCUAUUUUGUGCUUCUUUUCAAAUGUGAUAUACUCAUUCAAUGUGAUUACGUGUACACUUUACGGUAGUGGUUCAACCUAUUGUCUCAAACAAGUUGACACGAAAUUCUGGCAACUUCUGGUACAUUUCUCCUGGUAAAAUUCUAGCAGGGCCAGCGCCAGGUGGACAUCACAGUAAGAACCUCUAUGGGUUUGGCAACAUAUGCAUUUUCUGGAAUAAAUGUAUGAACAGCUGAUCGGGUUGAAAAAUAUUCUGGCACACUUUUACAUGUAUGUCUAUUCUGCUUGAGACAGUGGGUGGUUCUGUCAUGCUUUUCUGCUGCUUGGUGAGUAUUUCUCCCAAAUUAACUGUACCUUGACUUUAAUACUUUUCAAUUUCAUAUUACGUCCUGUAGCACAAUUUAGAUUCUUCUUUAUGCCCCGGUGUAUGAGAUUUAUGCAUAAUACAUACAUGCAUCUUUUCAUAAACUUGUCAAUGACCGUGUUGUGGCAUAAUGAUACACAUGUAUGAAUUUCGUCUACAUUAUUUUGUUGCUAGCAGAAAAAAUCUUAUCGGUUGAAACAAAACGAACCAAACUGACUGAGGUAGGCCAGUCAGUUGUCAAGCUUCAAGCUAUUCAUGAUCAGUUUCAAAGGUUUUUCUGAAGUUAAGGUUGGGGGGUCAGUUUGGCCUCCCCUUGGAUACGUACCUGUCUAAUACUUAGGUUCUCUUCAUCAGGUCAUUUGUGAUUCGUCCAGUCCAGCUUGGACAUAAUAUCUGCAGAAGAUUUGAAGAUCAGAUAUGAGCACGACUCCGUCUCAUUUUGAUAGCAUAUAAAACAAUUAAAACUAGAAAAUUAUUUUCUAAAUUAGAAUAUUUUCUGUGAAUGAAAAGUAGUUCUUUGAUAAGGAUUUUACAUCUUCCUUAUUAGAUUUCAAAAAUACUAUGUUAUCUUUCUUAGUGUGAACCAGUUGUCUCCUGAAAUAGUGCUUCUAUAAUUCCUUAGAACGGAUUUCAGUCUCCUGGUAAGCACUGAUUCAGAAAUAGAUGAAGACUGAUUGUGUAUGAUUCUGAUUUUCGUGGGGUCCAAAUGGUCGUCUUGUUCGAUCCUAGAAAUUAAGGUCAGGCAAUUUCAUUGUAGUGUACAUGUAUGUCCAUUGUAUAGUAUGUAUCAAUGAUAACUAAAUUUAUAAAGUAACGAUUUAGUAAAUUUUUAGAAUGUACAUAUAAAUUGAUUUCGUGGAUCGAAAGCAUACUGAGAGACAUUUAUUUAUCUGUGUCUGCUAUACUUGUUGUGUAAAGGUGUAACUCUGAUCAUAUUAAUAUGUUAGAUCUACUUGGCACGCGAUGGUAAUUGCAUGUAACAUGUGACAUUCAAAUAGAAGAAAAGGAGUUUUGUACAAAGUACAGUGAAUAUGUUGCAUAAUAGUCUCAACUCACAUGUAUGAGGCUACACUUUCUCAAUGUAUGAGGCUACACUUUCUCCAGUAUAAAUUGUUUUUUAAACAGCUUCUGCUGCCCUUCCUAUUUCUUUCAGCGUUUACUUAAAGCGCUUAAAGUACAUGUAAGGGAGCAUUAGCACAGAGGGCCAGCCUCAUGAUUGUGAGGUUGCAGGUUUGAUUCAUGGCCAAGUCACUACUUGGUUUCCCUAUUGGUCGGGUAAGAAUAAGCACUUAGGCAGCUUUUGAAACCCUAGAUUGAUAUCCCCAGAUUGAUAUCCCCAGAUUGAUAUCUUGGGAAAUGAUGAGUUUUCACUAUUGGUCAAAGCAAUUUGAGCAAGGUUCAAGAUAACACUGAAUUGCUAUAAAUGUGUCAAAUUAUUAUUAUAUGAUCAUUGUCAUAUUUGAAUUCACCGUUUAAUACACAAUGACCCUGAAUCAUUCUUUUUAGCGUCUCAUAAAUACUCAUUCUGUUCUUGGUCUUUAGGAGCACCUGUAAAGAAUCUCCUUUAAUUAGAAUGCUGAUUACCAAUGAAUGAUGUGUGCUAAACAACUGUGGUGUUAAUAACUUUCCUGUGAUUUUGUUUCUUGGACCAUAAGGGGUUAAUUUCCUGUCCAAUACUCGCUUGAUUUUAUCUUUAUUAGUGCUUUCUUUAAUUACCAAGGUGUCCAAUUGAUUAACCGUGCUAGACUUGGGAAUAGAUGUCCAGUUACAAUAUAGGCCUGGCAAUCUUUUGCACCUCAAGAAACUGAGGGGUGUAUUGAGUGCAUGACACCCCAUUAGAAUACGUUUGAGAAAAGAUUCAGGCCAGUCUGUUUUGAACCAAACCGGCAUAUUGAUUAACAGGGCACUGUGUUAAAUUCUGUUGAUUGUAUUGGAAAUUAUUGCUAUUAUUACUUUCAUCUUUGUUUCCUCUAGUCAAUGACAACGUUUUAAGGUUACAGUGUACAGUGCUAUACAUUCCAGAAGAAGGAGUCUAUUGAACAUAUUCUUUUCUUGUUACGCAGGGUAUUUCAAUACCACUGGGGCACAUUUUUGUAUGGGCCAUACACCGGCAGCAAUAAAAUGUGCCCUUGUCCACCCUAAAUAAAGAAUGUUGCCUUUUCUUUGUGUAUGUAUAGCAUUGUACGGUUCUGACGCACUUGUCAACAGUUUUCUUGGGCUUUACAUCCUUUGAGCUGCAUGGUGGCCAUGUUUGCUUCAUGUUCCUCCCCUAUUCCAGAUUUCCCAAAGAAAGUUCAGGGAAAUGAAAACUAUAUCUUCACUAUUGAGUUAAGUCUUCCUAGGAGUUGGAAAGCCCUGGAUUGGGAGGGGGGAUUUUCAGACAUUAUUUGUUGAUUGUUGUCUUAUGACCUUAUCAGUGUUGUAAAAAUAUAAACAUGUAACAUCAAGUGUAACGAAACCUUUUGCUCAUUGUGAAAACAGCCUGCUUCCCGAUGGAGACUGCCUAUCCAGCUUACAAUUCAACCUUUCAUGACUAAGCAUGUUUGUAACAUUUGGUGGCUGAAAUCAACUUGUUGUUGUUAUUGAGGGUUAAUUUUGUUCUGCUGGAUAGAAAGAUUCCCAUAUUGGUGCUUUCAUUGUUGCAUACAUGUAGCUGGUAUUGCUGUCUUCUCUUUAAAGCACCCCUCAACCGAGCGAUUUUUAUUGCUGCAACCUGCAAAAGAUUGCUGCGAUGAGGGAUAAAAGAAUCACUUGUCUGUGGGUAUAAAACAUAACAUUGGUAAUUGCUCAUUUUGAUAUUGAUUGCAGUUUACUGCAAUCAGCGAUUCUUGUCGCAGGCACCUGUGAUGACCACUGCAAACAAGCAAUUUUAGUCGCAUGCAAUAAUGCAGGUUGCAGCAGUAAAACCACUCGUUUGCGGAGUACUUGAGACGUCAUGCCGCAAGUAAUGUGCUUUAAACUUUGACUUGCUGAAACAUUAUUUAGCUGACUUUCUUUUGGCAAAAAUGGUUUUAAAACCAAGAUGUAGAUUUCUACCUUUGAUGUUGUAAGAAAGUUGAUGUAAUUCUUGCUGUAAAGCCACUCAAUUGAACUGAUACCAUAAACUGUAAAAGUAUCCCAUGUGCUCUAAUUUUACAUUAUUUGUUAUGACCAAAAAUUGCAGAAAUUAUUUACAGGGCAACAGAGAAUCUUAUUGAAAUUAGUUACUGUUAAUACUGAAUUGUGAAAAUGCUUAGGUAAAGCUAUAUGUAAAGCAAAAGUUGCAAUUUCACAAAACCGCAAACUAUAAAAGAUAAAAAAAUCUUUCCUUGUUGAGAGUUAUAUUUAGAACUAAGAUCCCAAACAUUUCAAAGGGUAAGAUCUGACUGGGGUAGAUUUUGUAUAUCAUUCUCUGCUGCUGUAAGUCAUGUUUUGAAAGUUCAUGGCACCUGUUACAAUUUGUUAAAAAUGUUUUAGGCUCACGAAAAUAAAGUAGUUUACAGUAGGUGAAAUCGACCUUUUUUAGAGGGGGACCCUAUUACUAACACUUGUACCAGUAUAUUUUUCAUAGAAGUUCAGUACAAUUGUAUGAUCUGAAGUAAUACAGUAACAGCAUGUUUUCUCAGCUCUCGAUGUUCCCAAGUUUGUACAUGUUAUAACGACUUGAUAUUUUGUAAGAUAUGACAGAGGUAUAAUCAAGAUCCUUUACUUGUAGAAAUAAAAACUUUGGAGAAAA